GGACGCGCGGUGCCCGGGUCCUGCCCGAACCCGGCUGUCUGUGUGCCGUCGGGUGUGCGGGCGGCGGGCGGCUGCGGGAGGCCGGACGCCUGGUUCGGCUCAGCUCUCGUAGCGAACUUCACACUGGAGAGCCAAACGGCGUGGAAGAGCCUGUCUUGGAGAUUUUCCCGGGGAAGUCCUGAGAUCAUUCAUUAUGAAGUGUACCGCGCGGGAGUGGCUCAGAGUAACCACAGUGCUAUUCAUGGCCAGAGCAAUUCCAGCCAUGGUGGUUCCUAAUGCCACUUUAUUGGAGAAACUUUUGGAAAAGUACAUGGAUGAGGAUGGUGAGUGGUGGCUGGCCAAGCAAAGAGGGAAAAGGGCCAUCACAGACAAUGACAUGCAGAGUAUCUUGGACCUUCAUAAUAAGUUACGAAGUCAGGUGUAUCCAACAGCUUCUAAUAUGGAGUAUAUGACAUGGGACGUAGAGCUGGAAAGAUCUGCAGAAUCCUGGGCUGAAACUUGUUUGUGGGAACAUGGACCUGCAAACUUGCUUCCAUCAAUUGGACAGAAUUUGGGAGCACAUUGGGGAAGAUAUAGGCCCCCAACAUUUCAUGUGCAAGCAUGGUAUGAUGAAGUCAGAGACUUUAGCUAUCCAUAUGAACAUGAAUGCAACCCGUAUUGUCCAUUCAAAUGUUCUGGUCCUGUAUGUACUCAUUAUACACAGGUGGUGUGGGCCACAAGUAGCAGGAUCGGCUGUGCCGUUAAUCUGUGCCACAACAUGAACAUCUGGGGACAGAUAUGGCCCAAAGCUGUCUACUUGGUGUGCAACUAUUCCCCAAAGGGAAACUGGUGGGGCCAUGCCCCCUACAAACAUGGCCGACCCUGUUCUGCUUGCCCACCUAGCUUUGGAGGAGGCUGUAGAGAAAAUCUGUGCUACAAAGAAGGAUCAGAUAGCUAUUACCCUCCUCGAGAAGAAGAAACAAAUGAAAUUGAACGGCAGCACUCACAAGUCCAUGACACCCACAUCCGGACAGUAGCAGAUGAUAGUAACAAAAACGAAGUCAUAAGCACACAGCAAAUGUCUCAAAUUGUUUCUUGUGAAGUAAGAUUAAGAGACCAAUGCAAAGGAACAACGUGCAACAGAUAUGAAUGCCCUGCUGGCUGUUUGGAUAGUAAAGCUAAAGUUAUUGGCAGUGUGCAUUAUGAAAUGCAAUCCAGCAUCUGUAGAGCUGCAAUUCAUUAUGGUAUACUAGAUAAUGAUGGUGGUUGGGUGGAUAUCACUAGACAAGGAAGAAAACAUUAUUUCAUCAAAUCCAAUAGAAAUGGUGUUCAAACAAUUGGCAAAUAUCAGUCUGCUAAUUCCUUCACAGUCUCCAAAGUAUCAGUUCAGGCUGUCACUUGUGAAACAACUGUGGAACAGCUCUGUCCUUUUCAUAAGCCUGCUUCACAUUGCCCAAGAGUAUACUGUCCUCGGAACUGUAUGCAGGUGAAUCCACAUUAUGCUCGUGUAAUUGGAACUCGAAUUUAUUCUGAUCUGUCUAGUAUCUGCAGAGCAGCGGUACAUGCUGGCGUGGUUCGAAAUCACGGGGGUUAUGUUGAUGUGAUGCCUGUGGACAAAAGAAAGACUUACACUGCUUCUUUUCAGAAUGGAAUCUUCUCAGAAAGUUUACAGAAUCCUCCAGGAGGAAAGGCAUUCAGAGUAUUUGCUGUUGUGUGAAAUAGGAACACUUGGAGGCGGAUUGUAAAGACUUCCAAAUGCCAUAUUUCUGAAGUUUGUAUAAAACUGUAACAUUACUGUACAGAAGAUAUCAGCUAUUUUCAGCCUCUCAAAAGUGCCAAAUGAAUAUAGAUCAUGAUAGACUACGUCUGUAAAAUAAAACAUGGGACAUUAUUAGCUUUGGAAAAAGUAAUGAACAUGUAAUGGUUUUAGAAAUCCUGUGUUAAAUAUUGCUAUAUUUUCUUAGCAGUUAUCUCUACAGUAUUACAUAGUCAUAAUUGUUCUACAUUUCAUACAUUAUAUGGUGCUUUGUAUAUGCCACUAGUAAAAUGAAACUAAACAUUGAAUGUGAGUGGUCCUCAAAAAAAUCAUCUGGUGCAUUUAGAAACAAUAAUAAAAAUAGUAACUCUAAAAAUGAAAAAAAAUUACAUUUUCUCAAGUUCAAUGCUAUGAUUACCUACUCCAUGUAAUAUCAAAUUAUUUUUCACAUAAUACCUGUGUAGUUUUUCUCUUCUAUUAAGUUUAGGCAUAUAGAAUAUUAAAUCCCGGUAUUGCACUUAUUUUGUAUAAAAUGAUGCCCUAAUAUCCAAGUGAAUCUGCUAAAAUGUUUGAUUUCUUGGGAAUGUCCUUAGUAGUAAAUGAAAUUAUGUCAGAGUAGUGGUACAAAAACAUUUCUAGUGGCCAUAUAAUAAAUAUAGGAUUAAGCGUGGGCAACCAGAGCUUCCUAUGUAUUGUUCAAACUGAGGUCGCACAUUUAUAUUGUAUCCUGGCAAAUACUCCUGCAGGCCAGGAAGUAUAAUAGCAAAAAAGUUCAACAAAGAUGAACUAAUGUGUUGCAUCACCAUUGCCACUGAUUUUCUUAAUGUCCUUGUGUAUAAAUGUUGCCAUAUUAUGGUAUCUAUAAUGGUGAUAUAUUUGUUUGUACUGUGCUUUAAGACUCAAAAACUGUAAAAUGUUAAUUUUGGUACUUUUGUUUUCUGCUGGUGAAUUUACUCUUUUCCUGUAAACAUAUUAAAAUUAAUCAUGUUUCAAAGU